CCCAACCAAAAUUCUGUGUACCUUCAUGUACAAAAACAUUACAUAAUCCCCACCUGAGAAAUGUUUGACAACCACCAACCAAGCUCUGUACAUUUUUCUUACUAUUUAAAAAACCCCUAAAGAGGUCGAAAGGUAGAUGUUUAAGGAAAGAAGUAAAAGAUAUAAUUAUUGACACAAAAUGACUUGACUUUGACUAUUGAUUAUUGACAAACGUUUCUUUAAAGGGGUCGCCAGAUAGACCGGAGGAGUCAUGAAUAAGUCAGGAAAAAGGGGGAAAUCACAUUAUUGUAACAUAAAAUCAUGUUCAACACUGGACAGUUUCAAGUCUUUAUGCCAAUUAAAUGUAUAAAAAAUAGCUGAGAUGUACAAAUCAUUCUUUGCUUUAAGUGCUCACAGCAGCAUUUUCUCAAGUCAUGAAGGAACGUUUUAACUUCAGGUUUUAAACCUCCUGACAUUCCUGCUGUCAUCGAAUCUCCCUGUGGACAGACCUGGGAGGGGUUUGUGGUCUGACUGGAUGUCAGGACUGACAGGACCAGACCACCAGGUAUAAAGAGCUGUCGCGCCCACCCGACCUGCUGGAGUUCAGCUUCAGCACAGACCUGUUUCCUUUAGGGCCCCCGGGGCCAUAAUGUGACAACCCCAGCAUAUUUGGCAUCCCAACCUGACCUACCACACCGCCCCCCCAACCUCAUUUUGAGGCAUAAAAGCAGGCGACAUCCCAGCAGCUCUUCACUCUCUGCUCAGAGCCGACGACCAGCCGACCCUCAGCCAUGACCUCCUUCUCCAGCCGCAGCAGCUACAUGUCCUCCCCCGUGAGGAGCUCCGUCAUGAUGGCCCCCUCCAUGUCCUCCUCGUCCCGCCUGGGGAGCAUGAGGGCCGGCAGCGUGUAUGGAGGAGCUGGAGGAUCUGGAGUCCGUAUCUCCAAGGCCUCAUUCUCCUCCUCCAGUGCUGGCGGUGCCUUCAAGCUGAGCGACGCCAUGGACGUCUCUGUCAGCGAGAAGGCCACCAUGCAGAACCUCAACACCCGCCUGGCCACCUACCUGGAGAAGGUGCGCAGCCUGGAGAAGGCCAACGCCGAGCUGGAGCUGAAGAUCAGAAAGUUCCUGGAGAGCAAAGCUGCGCCGGAGGCUCACAACUUCAGCAGCUUCAACGUCCAGAUCAAAGACCUGCAGGACCAGAUCCAGUCCGCUGCUCAUGGAAACGCCAUACUCGUCUUCGCCAUCGACAACACCAACUUGGCAACGGAUGACUUCAAAGUCAAGUACGAGAACGAGCUGAUCAUGCGUCAGUCGGUGGAGGCCGACAUCGCCGGUCUGAAGAGGGUCCUGGAUGAGCUGACUCUGAGCCGGACCGACCUGGAGAUGCAGCUCGAGGGUCUGAAGGAGGAGCUGAUCUUCCUCAAGAAGAACCAUGAGGAGGAGCUGCUGGCGAUGCGAGCUCAGAUGGGCGGUCAGGUGAACGUGGAGGUGGAUGCGGCUCCAGCAGAGGACCUCAAUAAGGUCAUAGAGGAGGUCAGGAAGCACUACGAAGCCACUGUUGCCAAAAGCCGCAAAGAACUGGAGGCGUGGUUCAAUGCAAAGACAGAAAACCUUCACAAAGAAGUCGCUAUCAGCACAGAAACCCUCCAGUGGUCCAAAUCCGAGACCACACAGCUCAGCCGAACGCUGCAGAGCCUGGAGAUCGAGCUGCAGUCCCAGCUCAGCAUGAAAGCGUCGUUGGAGGCCACCCUGAAUGAGACUCAGAACCGGUACACCAUGCAGCUGACGGGUUACCAGAACCAGGUGACCAUGCUGGAGGAUCAGCUGACGCAGCUGAAGGCCGAGCUGGAGAGGCAGUCCCAGGAGUACCAGAUGCUGUUGCACAUCAAGACCAGGCUGGAGAUGGAGAUCGUCGAGUACAGGAGGCUGCUGGACGGAGAGGCCAGCGGCAGCUUGACCAUCUCAUCCACCACCUCUACCACCUCCACCACCACCAAACAGAAAAUAAUUAAGAUCGUAGAGGAGGUGGUGGAUGGAAAGGUGGUGAGCUCCUCCCAGGAGACCAUCAGUAAGACCCUCUGAGCACCAAGCGGGGACACUCACACAGAAUUAAUCACACAAAAUAAAGCUUGCUGAGGCACUUCAAAAUGAAA